GUCGCUAAGGCAGACCCGGCCAGCACGUGCUUGGACACCGUGCCCUUGCUGGGGAAACUGGUCAGCUACUUCCUCCACCACAGUAAGUAUCCUGGAGGAACACAGCAGGGCGCCUCCGAGUGCGCCACCUUCCUGCUGGGGUGCUUGGACAACGCCCAGGACCUCCGCACGCGAGUGUUCGGCUCGGGAGCCGCCGAGGCCGUCGAGGACCAGAUCCUGUGCCAGGUGUCUCCCGACGCGCAGGUAGCUGCGGCGGCGGGCAAAGUCAAUGUUGCUGGUAUGCUGAUGGUAUCUUCGGCGCCUUCUCCUGCGUUGAUGCUGCGCGUUGAGAAUACUUACGAGUUCGGUGGCGUCCGCCACUCCGUCACUGCCAGGGCAGAUUGGGGCACCGCCGAAUUUGAGGUGACGGUGGCCGGCACUGAAGACACUGCUACGUAUCGCGUCGACUCGUUUGCGGCACACGAAGCAGAUGGAGACGUCUCCGCCGACCAGAUGAUGCAAUCUGGCCACUACUUCACCUUCUUGCACUUGGACAACGAAUGGUUCAAGUUGAACGACGGUAAGGUUUCCAAGCUGAGCGAGCCACCAGAGCAUUUCCCGUAUCUCGUCUUCUUGACGCGCGUCGACACACCGACGGGCAGGCGCCUGCGCGGCAAGCAGGCGCGGGCUGAUCCCCGCACUAUGCGGGACCUCUUGACCAGCAGGGUGGCGGAGGCCGCGUCGGUGGCGCUGCGCAGCCGGGACCAGAGCGGCCGGGCCCAGAGCGGCUGGGAGCAGGACCGAAUCGGCCGACAGCAGGGCCGAGACGAACGCGCGAGUGGCAAAGAAGCCCUACAGGCUGAUAAGGCACGUCUGCUCGCAGACGAGAACGUGAAGAAGAGGCGGGCAAGAUCCGGACAGGGGGAUAAUCGAGACCGCACCCGACUCGAUCACUUCGCUGAGUCCCAGGACCCGAUCCGCAGGUAUGAGCAUACUCGUGAGCUUCGACGCAAGGAACCUACGGAGAAGAUCAAGAUCUGGGACACGCGGGCGCGACACACUCAACCUGUGCCAUGUCAACUCUGCCAGGACACAGAGUUCAGCUGCAAGGGCGACUGGCUCGAGCACGUGAACAAGGAGCACGGGGGGGAACAGAGGUACCGCAAUGCCCUCUUCGCGCUCGAGUCGCUGUGCCCUCACAAGACCACCGGCCAGGAGAUGAGGCUCAUCAUCAGCAACUUCACGGAAUUCUACACUCGCGGAGCCAUGGGCUGGGAAGGGUUCUCGGAAGAGAUGACGGCGCAGGCCAACUCGGACGACGGAUUGCCUCGUGACCAGAGGUGGGACCCCAGGUGUAUAAAGGCGUGCGUCUUCUGCGCGCGACGCCAGUGGUCGGAAGACGUCCAGGAAGUGUACCUGGCCGGGCCGGAGUGUUUCAUGCAGGCUCCAGAGGCCGUGGCCGUGCUGCUCGACCCAGAGACGUACCGCGAGGCCUGGAACCUCAUCCCGAAGGAAGAGCUUCUCGCGUCCGCCGUGAACAUGAGGGUCGGAGACUCGCAGGGGCGCAGGCGCGUGCUCCUCCACAAGCGCCGAGUCAGUGAUGCGGAAGCCAGCGGGCACGAGAAAGUGAACGUCUGCCAGGAGUGUUUCGACAACUUCAGGAAGAAGACGCCCACGAUGUGCAAGUGCGCCCUGGCGAACCACGCGUGGAUUGGCCGCUGGCUCCCGCUGUUCCGAGACACGACGCUGGCGCACGAGAUGCUGUUCGCCCUGGCGCGGGUGGUUGCCACCAAGGUUGUGUUGCGGCCAGACCAGCGCUCCAAGGCUGAGACUGCCGGCUCUCAGACCGCGCGCUCCUGGGACUUCCUCUGCCACCAGUCUGGCUUCACGGGAUGCGCCGUGCUGUUCGGGAACGCCUCGUGCACCGAGGCCUUGACGCGGUUCCCAACCCCUGACCUGGGAAAGUCUUUUGCCGUCAGUUUCACGGGGCCGCCCUCCCAGGGCGACGAGGGCGCCGACGAGGCCCAGCGCAGGGGCCGCGCCCGCGUCAGCCGCAUCGCUCAGCUCCAGAUCGAGGAGUCUGUGUUCGACGCCCAGGCGGCCUACCUUCGGAAGACCAACGUCGUAUACGCCGAGACCACUUACGACGCCGACCUGGUGGCCCAGUGGUGCCCAGCGGGCGUUGAGAAACGGGUGCCGCCUCCGAUCUCGGACUCCGCUGUGGAGGUCCCCAUGGACACCGACGACCCGGGCGCGGUCCUGUCCAGCGGGCCCGGGGGCGCCACGGCGGCGGGGCACGCCGACAAGGUCGACGAGGACGUCGCGCUCGAGCGCCAGUCCAGAGUGGUGGCCGCCUUCCACCCCGAUGGCAUUCCUGGAGCCAAGGCUCACGAGAGCUGCAUGCAGAUCACGGCCCUGCAGCACCAGAUGGAAGAGCUCGACGCCGCCGCAGCGCGGUCGGUGGCGGCGGAAGCGGAGUCCAUCCUGGAGUCGCAGUUGGACGGCAACGACUCCUGCCUGCAGGACGAGGCCGGCCGAGAGCGCAUUCUUGAGCAGCGCGCCAAGGUUCGGAAGCUCGCGCAGAAAUCUACGAGCGAGCAGUCGCAACACAAAAUGCUCGCAGAGCUGCAAUGGCUUCUCAGUGGCGUCGAUUGUCAGGCUGCUCCGCCCGCGGCGCCGAGCACGUCGCAGCCUUCCGACGCCGCCGCCGCGUCCGCCUCGACCACUGUGCCUCACCUGCAGGUCGCGCGGGGCAGCAGGCCGUUUUCUCUGUUCAACUGGGAAGCCAUGACGCAGGCUCGACCCACUCUCUGGCACUAUGGAGACGGAGCCUUUGGCGAUCCGCAGCGAGCCUAUGCUCCGUACGUCCCGCUCCUUCCCGUGGAAUGGAUCACGUGCCCGCUCAUGCGCGAGGAGCUGGAGUACACUGUGGACGGAGAAGACGAACAAUACAAGGUGGACCCAGAUCUUCUGUCCAACCGGUUUGCCUGCGAUUGGCUCGUCCUUCACCUGCUCUCCUCCAUCAACUGGCUCACAGAACGCCACGCGUCGCUGUGCGCCUUCCUGACGAGCGGCGGCAUGAAGUUCGCCGAGCAGCUCCUGAAGUUGACGUCGGAAGAAAUCGCCGCCGCCGCUCGUUUGCAGCACGCGCGGGGCGGCCGUAUUCAUGGGCUGCGCAACUUGGCAGCCGACCAGGAGUUCCCUCACAACCUCUCGGUGGCCCUGAAUGCCUUGCAGAUGGGCCAUGCCGACGUCAUGGGCACGGACGGACACCGCCGACUGUGCCGGUACGAGGGGUAUGCCUACAUGACCUUGUUCGGCGAGCCUGUGGUGUUCUGCACUCCCAACCUCGCGGACACGAAGCAGCCGCUGCUCCUCGUCGUCCAGGGGGAAGAGAUUCGUCUGGAGGACAAUUUUAUCUCGGGCAACGAGACCCUGCCGAAGUACCGGGACAUGAUGAAGAGGCUUGCCGCAGACACAGUGGGUCAGACUCUCGUGUUCGACAAGAUGAUGAAGCUGUUCUUCAUACACGUACUGGGAGUACGACCAGAACUCUUGGGAAUUCGGCGUCGCGCGCGGCCCUCUGCCGAUCAGUGCACGGGCGGCGUCGCGGCCUCUUCUUUCGGGCUGGGUAUCUUCGGCCCCGUGCUUGCUUUCCGCGGGGAGAUCGAAGCACAGGGCAGGGGCUCUCUACAUCCGCACAUCCUGGUGUGGUUACUUGGCAUAAAACCAGCGGACGUAUUGCGAAUGCUGCAGCGAGACCCUGGUUCCCUGCAGACCCGCCUGGCGACCUGGAUGAAGCAGUGCGUGUCGUCCAUGCAGUCCACUUGCCAGAGCUCAGUGAUGAGAGCGCCCCAGAGGUUUGGCCACCUCGACCAGGUCGCGGAACCGCUCCCGUUUUCCAGGACAGAGCGAAGUUUGGCCAGGUACGACGGUGGCAGCGAGAUCGACGUCAUGCGCGACGAUCUUCAACGAGACAGAGUGGAACCAACGGAGGAGCAGAGUCGUCUCUUCGAGGACGCGGCCGAAAAGGCAGCGUGGAGCAGACCUGACUUGCCCCUCAAAACCAAGUCGGUCACGCAGUCGAGCGCGGCAGGGGACGGCAAGCCGAAGCCCGGAUCCACGUGCUCGAAGGUUGUCCCCGAGUUUGCCGUAUUCAGGUGUCCGGACCAUCGCAGGCGCGGUGCGCUUCAUCGCCGCGGUGAUCUCAGUGCCGGCGAGCAGAGCCCGCACUCGUGGGAGCAGGCUUUCACGGAGGACGCGAGGUCCUUGGCUGAGGAGAUCCUGGUGCACGUGUGCGGGGAGAGCUGCUUCAAGUACAGCGGCAGGCUGCUUUUGUUCCAGGAGCACCCUUCCGAGUGCCUCAUCAACUACGCCGGGCUGGAUUGCGUGCGAUGCAACCUGGACGUGCAGGAACUCCCGCACCUUGGCGACCAGCCAACUUUCGGGUACAUGAACAACUACGAGUGGGUAGAGAAUGACUACUUGCCGAGACGUUCCCUCGAGAAGGGCAAUCUCCCCGCCGAGCCUCACGCAUUCACGGAGGAGUUUACUCCCGAUGAGUGGAGAGCCAUACUCCUGGAGUGCAUGCGGUCGGACGAUGCAACAGUCGCCCAGAACAAUGAGCUCGCGACAGUCAUGGAGCGAGAAUCCACGGCCGCGAUGUGCGACGGCAUCAACACGGGCUUCUACAUCAAUGCGUACACCACCAAGCAGCUGCCGGACAUGCAGGGGACCCUCGAGGAGCUGCGCAAGGGGAUCGAGCGUCUGGAGCUGAGGCGGGAGGAAAUGCAGGAGGCCACCAAGAAGACGCAGAGCCGCGAUGCAGAGGGGAGCGCUGUUUCCGAAGCUCCCGGGCGGGGCCCCAACAAGUUUGGGCAAGUCCUGCAGACUCUGAACCUUAUGUCGUCUGCCUUCAAGCGGUGCCAUCAUAGGGGCAUGAGCGAGAUACUGAUGCCAAUCAUGUUCAACACCAUGACGUACUUCUCCCAUCGUUGCUGGAAGGUGUUCAUCAAGAGGGCCGUCUUUCUCGCUGCGCAGACGUGGCGGAACAAGUUCGGCCAGGCCGUGCGACACAAACGCAUCAAGGACGGCGGCGGAGUUGGUCUGAGGUAUCUCACCAAGGACAAGCAGUCUUAUCCGCUCGUGGGAUGGGAGCGCGUGCGUCUGGACGGCGGCGCGGAGCUCUACCGGCACCCAGAUGGCACCGAGCUCGGGAACCUCCAGUCUGCCUACGACUACGACGUGGCCGUGAAGAGCCCGAACUCGUCGGGGUCUUACAAGGACGAGCGCAAAGUAGCGCUGACUGCGCUGCAGCGCUUCUUGAACGAGGCAGAGGCGGAGACGACGGAGGAGAAGGGCAGGGAGGGGGCCAGGCGCACGCGCACUACUACGCCCGUCGACGACUGGUUGCAUCGCGGGAACCACGCAGUCCUGAAAGACAUGCCGUUGUACAUCUACGCCAUAUGGGUCUACUCGGCCGAGAAGCCACCUCCUUGCCAAG